AUGGAUGCCCCUCCAUUGGCUUCGCUUUCUUUGACACACGUCCAUUAUAAUCCCAAUGACCCAAUCGCACAUGCCUGUGCCUUUCUGGCCCUUGUACCUCAGGCUUUGUGCAUCACAUAUGCAACUCUGAUAUGGAGCACCCGCGAGGCAGAGGUCGCCCUCAUGUUCGCUGGCCAAUUGGCCUGUGAAGCUCUGAAUUGGAUCCUCAAACGCACCAUCCGUGAAGAAAGACCACAUCGCCUGACCGGCAAAGGCUACGGUAUGCCCUCGUCGCACGCCCAAUUCGUCUCGUACUUCGCCGUCUCUUUGACCCUCUUUCUCCUCCUGCGACACAACCCUCACGCUCCCAACACCUCGACCACCCACAUCCCGACUUCUACAUUUGAAAGACUUGCCUUGUCUGUCUUGGUCAUCGCUGGUGCUGCUGCUGUCGCCCAGAGCAGAAUAUACCUCAACUACCAUACCGAAAGACAAAUCCUAGUCGGGUGCAUCGUGGGCGCCCUCUUUGCAGUCUUCUGGUAUCUGUUCACAACAUACCUGCGCCGCUCUGGCUGGUUGGACUGGGUGCUGGACACUUCAAUUGCCAAGUUCUUUCGCAUCCGAGAUCUGGUCGUCAACGAGGAUCUAGUUGAUGCUGGUUGGGAGAGGUGGCAGCAACGUAGAAGCAAGAGAAGCGAGCAA